AUGUCUCACGCCAACGUCUGGAACUCCCGUCCCAAGAAAUACGGAAAGGGAUCCCGUGGAUGCAAAGUCUGCUGCCACGUCGCCGGUCUCAUCCGUAAAUAUGGCUUGAACAUCUGCCGUCAGUGCUUCCGAGAGCGCUCCGAGGCCAUCGGAUUCCACAAGCACAACUGA